AAAAAAACAAAGGCAAGAAAAAGAAAGCACAGAUAUUAUCAUACUAUUUGAUUACUUGGUGAAGCAAGCCAAACGCAUCCGUAGACUGGCACGAGCUAAAGCAUGGCAUCACCAGUCAAACGCCAUUCUCUCACGCAACCGCCACGCUCUCCUCGUCUCUAUUAUUUACGCACAACCUCUCCUCUACUUCCAUUUCAGUAGCUCGCAUUUCUUCUCCGAGGUGAUGGCGCUGCGUUUAGCUGAUUUCACUGCGACACCGGAGAAAUGUUAUAGUAAGGUUUUGUCGACGAGAUUGACUGUUAGGUCCAGUUGUUUCUUCAUGUGCUCUACACGUAAUUUUGAAUUUAACAACAGAAAAGAGUUACGGAAAUUGAGAUGUUCUCUGUGGUCUACGUCUAAUGAUAAACCUAAGGAGGUUUUAUCUCCGUUGCGAUUAGCUUCGGAGGAUGCUGUUUAUACUUCUGAUUUGGAGAAGGAAGAAUCUGGACAUGUUAUUAGGUUCAGGAUGUCUGAUUUUAAACUGAUUGAUCGUGUCAGUAUCGGCCUUGGUGGUCGGGCUGAUGAGGUUGUUUAUGAAGCUAUUGUAAAGAAUUCUAGCAGUCCUUUGUAUAAUACUAAAGUUGUGCUUAGACAGCUUGUCACCGAACAAGCUCAACGUAGAGGAAAGCGAGCAAUUGAGGUACUGAAGAAGCUCGUUCGUCAAAGGCCGCUUUACUAUUCUUAUUCAAUGCAAGUUCAUGGUUACUUUUGCUCACCUGCACCUAGUGGGCGUGAUUCGUUUACCCUGGUUCAUGGGUAUCAUGGCAGUUUUUCCUUACAACAUUGGCUUCAACAGUCAGACUGGCUUCCUACCUUGGAAGCUACUCUUGUGUUGGAUGAGGAAUCCGUCAGGAGGGUGGGAGAUGACACAAUUGGAGGACCUGCAGUCUCUCGGCAGUUGCGAAUCAUUCGUAUAUUGAUGAGGGAUCUCUUAAUUGGAGUGAAUUACUUGCACAGUCAUGGACUUGCCCACACAGAGUUGAGACUGCAGAAUGUUCACAUAAGCCCAGUGGACAGACAUAUCAAAGUUGGAUUACUAGGGAAUGCUGCAGACUUUUACACGGAUGGUUCAAAUAAUACUGCAUUGGACAACAGCGUAGACCGGCGUCAGAUGAUGAUUGCCUUUGACAUGAGAUGCCUCGGAUUCAUGAUGGCAAAAAUGGUGCUGCAAGAACUCAUGGAUCCGUUAAUUUUCACGAAGUUCAAAUCAUUCCUAAUGAAGGGAAAUGACCCUUCAUGCUUGCGGGAAUUUUUAUUGCAAAUACUCGGUAGGAAUUCUCCAUCUGGCAGUCCUGGACUUCAAAUACUUGAUCGAAAUUCAGGUGCAGGGUGGAACCUUUUGUCGUUAUUGCUUGCUACCAAACAUUCUAAAAGAAUAAGUUGCUUGGAUGCUCUUAGACAUCCAUUUCUAUGUGGACCUAAAUGGAGGGUUGUCCCUUCAAUGGACAUCAUUAGAUGGGGACUUGGUUCAACUGCAGUGCGCAUUACAGAAGAAUACAUAUAUAGCCAGCCACAGCGGAAUAGAAUUGCCUACUUCAUUGAAUUGAUGGAGAUGCUGAAUCCUCAUUCAAGGCCCAAGAACUGGUUAGAGUUGCUUCCAGGAAAGUGGCGUCUAUUAUACUGCACGGGUAGGCACAUAGGCUUAACCUUUCGCCAGCCUUCUUCUCGUGUCCUUAUUGGUGAUGCCAUUCUGACUGUUUCAAGACCAUCAAAAAUGAAUACUAGCCUAUCAUUCACCUCUGCUGUGGACUUCACAGUCAUGACCAGUGAUGAUUGGCCUCAUGACAAGACUGGUGUAACUGGGAAAUUGGACAUUAACUCUUCGUUUAAACUAAUGUCUGGAAGACGAUUAUAUAUUAAGGAAGAGAAGACAACAGCAAGGUUGUCGUUUGGUCAGUCAAACAAUUUGGAUUCCGCAAUGAAGAAGUUAUCAGGGAAAAAAUGGAAGAAAGUAAUUCCUUAUAAGGAGUUCCCUUCUAGUCUCCCUGUGGCAAAGCUUGUUUCAGGUGAAAUAGAGGUGACGAUGAAUAUAAAUGACGAACUCAAAAAAGAUGUUUCUGCAGGAAAUGUUGUUCAAGAAGUACGCACACAAAUACCUCCUGAAAUGUUUGAUUUGUCAAAGCUUGUUUGUGGGACAUUUGUGGACUCAAGGCUACUAGUCCUUCGUGGGGUGAAUGGUUCAGCUCUCUUGUUUACUAGGUCCUGUAUUGAUGAGAAAUUGUAGAUAAACUUUGGUUACAUGUGUAAAUUAUGUAUUCUGUAGGUUAUAGAAUGCAUUCCUUUAGUUUAGCUAAAAAGAAAUUCCCCUUUCAGUGUAUAAAAUUGUUAAAUAAAUUCAAGUAGUCAGUUAUUUUCAUUUUCA